UGUAAUCUGAUUAAAAACCCCAUGUUAACCACGACGCAGUUCGUCAGCCCGUCGGACAUAGUUGACUGUCUGCAGAUACCAGUAAACCUCGGAUAAACUUCCCUGCACGACACCAACGACCAACCAGUCUUGGCACCGCAAACCCACCUCCAAAAGCUUCCAGAACAAACGCGCCCGCCCGCCAGCCGAUCAUCAACUGAACGUAUCACAUUUGCGCCUCCAACUUGACCACCACUCCGAACAAACCGAACAAUCCAAAGACACCAACAACAACAUCAUCACGCACCACCUUACCCCUCCUUCUCAAUCACCGCCUAAAACCCACCAAACCGAGGACAACAAAACGAAAGAAUGUCCGAACCCAUCCCGGAAUCAAUCCCCACAAGCGCCGACCCGCGCAGCAAACGGCCCACGAAACGGCGCGCCGUGGGCAGCGGCGGCGGUGGCCCCUCGACCGCACACUCAGAGCAAGCAACGCAAAUCGAAUCGCUGUUCCGGGACCCGACGCGCGAGAUCCGCCUGCCCGAGGCCUCCAAGCAGCGCACCUCCGCCUCCCUGCCGCCGCCGCCGGAGAUCGUCGCCAACGUCCAGGGUUCCUCGGCCGGUGCUGGAUCCGGCGAGUUCCACGUCUACAAGGCCAGUCGGCGGCGUGAGUACGAGCGUCUGCGCCUGAUGCAGAGCGAGGUCACCCGCGAGAAAGAGGAUGAGGGUUGGGAGAGGAAGCAGGCGGAGACUAGGCGGAAGGAUGAGGAGAAGACGGAGAAGAAUCGGAAGAGGAGGGAGAAGCGAAACGCGAAAAAGAAGAACCUUCACCCGAAUGGUCCGGGAAAUGGGGAUGCGAAGAAGGGUGCGGCUGGCGGGGAUCCGAUGGCUGUGGAUCGGAAGGAUGAUGGGUUGGCGGCUUCGAAUAAUGCUAUGCUACGGGAUGCUGAUGGCGCGGGGUAUGGGGAUGCGGAUGGUAGUGGGGAGACGCCGGGGAUUAUUAUACAUGAGGAUUAA